AUGACAUCCACGACUCUCAUUACACCUUCAUCUCUUCCAUCUACCUCUUUGUUCGCCAGACCAGACACUUCUAUCUGUACUCAUCUCUCGUCACUCCUGACUUCACCUUCAUUAUUAUCCCAAUUGACUCAAUCAUCGCAAGAUGGAUCUUCAGCCAGCGUUCCUCCCCCGGCGGUCAGCACGAAGAAGAUAGAGGUGGAAAAGCGAUUCACAGAGGCAGUCAGGUGGGGAGCUGUAGCUGAAGGUGUGAAACGACGAAAGACCUCACCACCUGAAUGCCACACUUGCUCGACGACGCUCACUAGGCCCUGGGCGUGUUUGACCUGCCCAUACAUUGGCUGUUUAUCCUUCACUGGGGUAUCAUCUUCAUCAAACUCAAAGGACUGUCUGCGUUCACAUUGGCAGAGCAGUAACGGUGAAUGUAUCUUUGCUGUGGAUCCCUCUUCCGGUGCUAUCUAUUGUUCAUCAUGUUCCGAUACGAUCUACCCCGAUCAAUUCGAAUCUAUAUUUCGUAUUGUUCGAAUAAGGAUGGAAGAGACACAUGAUAAAUCCCGAGAACCAGGUCUGGUAGGUGGCGGAAGAGGCAGAGGUAGAGGUCCUUGGAAAGCUUGGAACCCAAGUAAUAUGGUCAAGAUCGAAGAGACUGAAGUGAGCAAAAGCUCUUGUAGAGGUCUGCGACCAUUGUUGAAUCUUUCACAAACGUGUUUCUUAUCCGCUAUAUUACAAUCCCUGAUCCACAAUCCAUUGCUCAAAGCUUAUUUCUUAUCGGAUAAACAUAAUCGGCAUGUAUGUCCAAAUGGAUCCAAGGGAUUGAGUGUGGGAAAACCUUUUUUGGGAGCAGAAGCUCCUAAUGGUGCACCGGGAAUGGAAAGAGAAAAAGGAUGCAUGUGUUGUGAGAUGGACCGUGCUUUCGAAGAGUUCUACAAUGAGGACAAAUCCCCUUUUGGACCUAUAACUAUGCUAUAUGCUAUGUGGCACGCUAGCGCAGAGCUAGAAGGGUAUGGCCAACAAGACGCCCAUUCAUUCUUCCUCGCUGCAUUGGACCAGAUCCACGCACACGCAAAAGGCCAAUUGUCAAGUUGUAAUUGUAUAGCACAUCAAACGUUUGCAGGAUCACUACUUUCUUCGGUAACAUGCUCUUCGUGUUCUUCAACUUCAUCAACUAUCGAUCCCAUACUAGAUAUUCAACUAGAUUUCCCAUAUUCACUAUUGGCAGGUACUUCGACUGCGACCAUUACUUCCACAACAUCCACUUCUUCUUCUGAAGGUAUAGGUGGAGGAUCAACAUCUAUCGGAAAUGGCAACGGAAACGGAAAUGGCAGUUCCCAAUUGACUUUAGCUGGAAUGUUGAGAAGGUUUUGCGCGUCAGAAACCAUAGGUGGUGCGGAUACUGGUGGAAAAGGUUAUGAAUGUUCGAAAUGUGGUGGCGGACCAAAUACGUUUGCAACUAAAAAUUUGACUAUAAAGAAAUUAGCACCUGUCUUAUCUUUCCAAUUAAAACGAUUCGCUCAUAUGACUACCACAUCAUCUAAGAUCGAAACGAGAGUUAGAUUCCCUUCGACAUUGGAUAUGCGACCAUAUGUAGAUUCUCCUUCAGCAGACGAAGCGUCAUCAUCGAAAGAAGAUGGGAAUGAGGAACAUCCAGCUCCAAUCUCCGAUCCAAAUUUGAAACAAGAUAUAUUACCUGAUUCCUUAUUCAUUUACGAUCUAUUCGCGGUCGUCACUCACGAAGGCAAAUUAGAUAAUGGACAUUAUUGGGCCGAUGUUAGAGAAGGUGAAGAAUGGUGGCAUUGUGAUGACGAUAAAGUCACUCCAACAACCUUAUCAGCUGUUCUAAGCCAAAAAGCCUACAUGUUAUUCUACGUUAAAAGAUCAUUGGCAUACGCCCAACCAAUGUCAAAAUUACUUUCGACCACUACUUCUUCCUCCAACAACAAUUCAAACUCCAACUCCAACUCCAACUCCAACUCCAACUCCAACUCAAAUCCUUCCAAUGGAGUUUAA